AUGAGUGCUCUUCCUCUUCUCCUGUGUGCUCUUUCUCCUCUCAUGAGUGCUCUUCCUCCUCUCCUGUGUGCUCUUCCUCCUCUCAUGAGAGUUGCUAGAGGAGUUGCUGGAGUUGAGUUGUUGAAGGAGUUGCUGCAGGAGUUGCUGGAGAAGUUGCUGCAGGGGUUGCUGGAGGAGUUGCUGCAGGAGUUGCUAGAGGAGUUGCUGGAGGAGUUGCUGCAGGAGUUGCUAGGGGAGUUGCUGGAGGAGUUGCUAGAGGAGUUGCUGGAGGAGUUGCUGCAGGAGUUGCUGGAGAAGAUGCUGGAGAAGUUGCUGCAGGGGUUGCUGGAGGAGUUGCUGCAGGAGUUGCUAGAGGAGUUGCUGCAGGAGUUGCUAGAGGAGUUGCUGGAGGAGUUGCUGCAGGAGUUGCUAGGGGAGUUGCUGGAGGAGUUGCUGGAGGAGUUGCUGCAAGAGUUGCUGGAGGAGUUGCUGAAGGAGUUGCUCCAGGAGUUGCUGCAGGAGUUGCUAGAGGAGUUGCUGCAGGAGUUGCUGGAGGAGUUGCUGCAGGAGUUGCUGCAGGAGUUGCUGGAGAAGUUGCUGGAGGAAUUGCUAAAUGAGUUGCUGAAGGAGUUGCUGGAGGAGUUGCUGGAGGAUUUGCUAAAUGAGUUGCUGAAGGAGUUGCUGAAGGAAUUGCUGGAUGAGUUGCAGAAGGAGUUGCUGGAGGAGUUGCUGAAGGAGUUGCUGAAGGAUUUGCUGGAGAAAUUGCUGGAGGAGUUGCUGGAAGAGUUGCUGAAGGAGUUGCUGAAGGAGUUGCUGGAGGAGUUGCUAGGUGUAUUUCCACACAAGAGACUAUGU